UUCACUUUUGAAUGUAAACUCAAUAAAAGAAAAGCACUCAAAUUAUACAUAUUUCUAAAUAAAUUUCUUAAAAGUAUAAAUCGUCAUGAAGCUCCGUCGCAAUCCAUUUCCCCAAAAAACAUCCUCUCUCUUUUUAUUUCUAACUCUGACCGUAAUUGUGCCUCUUGGCUGGAUCUACGAUAUUUGCAUUGUUCUUCCGGCAAUUCAUGAACCAGGCGGACUUCCACAUACUUUUACUUGCUUACUGGCGAUCUUUCUGUUACUUAAUAUUGAGUGCAACUUUUUGGCCAGCAUGAUGACGGAUACCAGUGUUGAUUUUGAAAGCGCCGUGCCUCCUCCUGAUGGCACCGAGGAGCGUUUGGAGUGGAAGCAUUGCGACAUAUGCGAUAAGUUAGCACCUCCUAAAUCCCGACAUUGCAAAUACUGCGGUGUGUGUAUAUUGAAACGGCAUCAUCACUGCGGCUUUACAGGGUAUUGUGUGGGCCAUCAGAAUCAAAGAUACUUUUUGUGCUUUGUGUUGUACACAGUCAUUGGAUCUGUUCAUUCGUUGAUCUAUAAUGCGAUUUACAUGUGGGGACUUAAUGGAUCAGUCUAUAGCAAAAUCUAUUUCAAUUUCUGGCAAUCGAUUAUCAUGACUUGGUUUGAUUUUACAUUUUGGGAAAUUCUGCAGGUUGUUGUCUUUGGACUCAACUUCCUUUUGGUGACCAUUUCCAUAGCUAUUCUCUGUAUGAAUGCAUCUACAUUAUGGUGCAGUGAUGUCUGUUGUCACAAGGAAGUGGAAUUCAAAUACCAUGGAGUUGCUAACAAUUUGAAAAGCGUUUUUGGGCUACGCAUGCACGUCGCUUGGCUAUUUCCCUUCAUCAAUAGCCCAUUACCCGAGGAUGGUUAUAACUGGGAAAAGGUUGCACAUGGAGACUCCAGGAAAAAAAUUUAAGAUUGAUUAACAUUGAUGUCUGUAUUAAAUAUAUUAAUAUUAUUUUCAUCAGUUCACUUCAAACGCAUUCUCAAAUAAAUAAAUAAAAAGUCAAACA